AUGAGUACUCAGGUAGCGACUGCAACCACCACCACUGCCACGCUGGUAUCAAACGCAACGGCCACGUCAAAUGGAGGUAGUGGUUCCCCCGCAAAUAUCUCGCCGCAACAACAACAACAACAACAAUCUCUGUCACAAUCACAGUCACAUCACAAGGCCAAGUCUGGUAAGCGGAUAGAAUUGGAGAGACUAAUACGAGAGUUUCAGAGCAAGUUAGGUCCCAAUUGGGAAAAAUACCAUGAAGCAUUGAGUCUAUUUCUCAUCGGUAAGCUUUCGCGACCAGAACUAGUUUCAACAAUUACCCCACUUUUAAAACCACAAAACUUGUUUCGAUAUCAUAACAAAUUGUUGAUGCUAAAUUUUGCGAACUCUUUGAAAGAUGGACCCUUGGAUGCACCCAAUGAGUUGGCUUUGUUUUGGAAUAAAAAGUUUUCCAAAGUCAAUAAGAAUGUACGAAGUACUCAGUAUGAGAAAUUUAAGCAAAACAUUAUGGGACUACCCAUUAAAGAGAGAAGGCGUAUCAAAAACAUCACCAGAGAUAGUGGGAAACGAAACAAGUUGACUGCUGGUAUCACUUUGACUCGUCAUACGUUGUUACCCAAAAUUCCUAUGAUUCAGGAUAAAGAAAAACAACAAUUACAAGUAAACAACUUGGUACAAUGGCAACAAGAUGUGUUGAAUGGUAUCAACGCUCCCAUUGCAACUGAAAAUUAUGAGAUUCCUGACGCAGAUACACUCUCGAAACAGAUUUUAAUGACGAUGCGAGAACACGGGUUGACUGGAGGAUUAAAUCCUGGUGUAAUUGAAGUACUACUCCUAGGGUUAAAAUCUCACUUGAAAAACAUUGUUGAAAGUGCUAUUGAUGUGGCAAAGUAUAGGAAAAACAAGUACACUAAUAAUGAUUAUGUGCCCCUUGAAAAUGGUGAUGUAAAUGGAAUUGCCAAUGGGUCGAGUUCUAAACCACACUCAUUUACAGAUUCAUCUCAAAACAAGGACAUUGUGUUAUCAGUGGAGGACAUGUACGAUACAUUUGAAAUGUUUCCCCAUAUAAUUGAACCAUGUGGACCGAAAAUGAGAUUGAGCAACGUUUUGCUCGAAAAUGAUGAUGCUCAGGGUAAAAGCUUAAAUUAUGAGUUACCUCCAAAACCGGCAUCGUAUCUUGAAGAGCAAAAGAAGUUUACUCAAACUACAACAGCAACAACAGCAACAACAGCACCAAUUGCUAGUAAUAGAACAUCUGCAAUUGCAGCAAAUGGGUCCAACUGUACUCCAGUAUCAUCUGCUGGUGCAGCUACAAUAACUGACCCAACCACUGCGCAAAGCCAAAGUAGUUCCAAUGAUGGCAAAGCCGAUGAGUCCGUCGAGGGCAAGAGGUCAGAACAACAACAACAGCAGCAACAACAUCACCAACAACAACCACAACAACCGCAACAACAACCGUUGCCACGCCCUGAUGCCCAUAUUGGAACCACAGACGAGUUGAAAUGGGUCUUGCAUGAUUUGAUUUCGACUAUGUAA